CUGCACCCAAUGAGAGCUUGGCGCGGUGACGAUGCAGCGGCGCGGUGCCGGUGCAGGACACGCCCCCAGCAUGGAUACAGGCUGCAGGGACAGGCGCUCCGAGACACUCUCACUAUGUGCUGGAGAGCGUCUGAAGCAACCAUGGGACGAGUUGACGCGUCCAACUUUCAAGAGUUGCCGCACUGAACAAAGACUUGCUCCUUUUCAUCUCCUUCACUCGGGGAGGGGGGUGAAGACUUGUGCGCGCUUGCGAUCGUCACGCAGGAUGUUAUUGCUGACGAGACUCGGAAAGCCGGGUAUGAAGAGCGUAAAGUCUCUCUGAUGAGAUCCACCUCCUUCUAUCCGCCACACAAAGGGAACCACGGAACAAGUUCUUUUCUCCCCCACGAAGCCCACGCCAUCGUUUUCUUUUUUGGAUGUCAUAGUGGGGGGGUUGUUUGAAAGACGUCAUGGAUCACUUCGCAGCGGAGUGCCUUGUCUCGAUGUCCAGCCGCGCGGUCGUCCACAACCGGGAGAUGAAGCCGGACAGCCCGUCGCCUUCCCCAGCGAGGAACCCGGAGGACGCCAAAGAACCCGUGGUGAAGGACAACUCGUCCCUAUACGUGGUGGCCAGGAUCCUGGCGGAUUUUAACCAGCAGACUCCCAACGGCGUGCUCGGCGAGCAGGCGAAGAGCAAGGAGGAGAGCCAGGGCGGCCUGACGGAGGAUGCGAACGGUGCCACACCUACCAUCACCAUCUCGGAUCCGUCGCUCAAACAAAGGGGCAAAAGAUCGAGAGGUCGCAACGAGCCCGAGUCCCCGCAGAAGAAGCACAAAUGCCACUAUUCGGGUUGUGAAAAGGUUUAUGGCAAAUCGUCGCACCUCAAGGCGCACUUGAGGACGCACACAGGAGAGCGUCCGUUCCCUUGUACCUGGCCCGACUGCAGUAAGAAGUUCGCUCGCUCCGACGAGCUAGCCCGCCACUACCGCACCCACACGGGAGAAAAGAAGUUCGGCUGCCCGCUUUGCGACAAACGCUUUAUGCGAAGCGACCACCUGAUGAAGCACGCCCGGCGCCACUCGGAUUUCCAGCCCGGCAUGCUUAAAAGGCCCCACGGUGGCGGCGGCGGGGGAGUGGCGGGCCACGCCGCCCGUCCCGGCUCCCUCAGCGAUUACAGCCGCUCGGACGCCUCCAGCCCCACCCUCAGCCCCACCCUGAGCCCCGCCCUCAGUCCCGCCAGCUCGCCUUAAACUGAACUUCGCACUUUCCGCCUCCAGCGUGUUCUUGUCAUGAUAACGCUGAUGUUGUUGCACACUUGUCAGCGGCGACCCCCAUCUUUGCUGAUCCCGCGCUUGCUGUGGUGUACCAUACUGUACAGAACUGCUUAUUGUCGAGCAAUGACACGUGUGAUCCCAUAAGAAGGUAAUGCCUUUCCCAGAUGGCAAUAUUUACAUUCUCGACCGUAUGUCUCGACUUUUCUUCUAAUUGUCCGUGUGCAGCAACUCGACAUGACUUAGACAACAGAUGCCCUGAUGAGUCUUAGCAAAAUAUUUCUUUUUUUUCUUUUCAAACAGGUGAUGAGAAAGGCCAUAGACACACACACGCACACACAUACACUGUAAAUUGUUGGGUCAAAAGUAACCCAAAUUGGGUGAAACCGCAAACACAGCAUCAGGUCCAAGAUGGAUAUAGCCAUUGCUGUGUUAUUAUUACCCAACCCAUUGGGUUGAAGAUUAAGUUGGAUCAAGAUUUUAAUCCCAAUUGGGCUAUAAACAACACAUACUUAUGAAUUAAAGGAUACAACAGAAGAAACAAUAUGUCGGUGUUAGCCACCGAGCCAGCUAGCCACCAGUCAUGUUACAUUCCUUUGAAUUCAACUUCAGUUCUUCACCCAGUCGCCAACCCAAUCUGCUAGGUCAAAAAUCAUGAACCCUAACCUUGAGUAAAAGUAAUCCAAUCCGCUCAGCUACCCAGCGAGUGUUUGAGGAAAAACAACCCAGCAUUUGUUGUGUGCGUGCGUGUGUGUGUGUGUGUGCACAGAUGCUAAAACAACAACACACACACACCUCAGGAUAGAAGACAGUUUCUCUGAAUACUCCGAUACUUCACACAAAAUGCACAAUAUACUCAUCACUUUACUCGGAAGUUCAACCACUGGUUGGAUUUUUUUUGCCCUGCUCAGGGAUGGCCUUGUUAGCUUGAACAAAUGGAGGGAAACAGUCAGUCCACACACAGACGCAGUAUGUCUUUCUAUAUGGAGAAUUAUACAUGUAAUAUAUCUGUAUAUAUGUAGACGUACAAACAUGUACCCAUGUGUAUAUUUCAGCCUUACGCUCAACACACCAUUGCACUCUUUUACGUCAGCCAGCCAGCCAGCCAGCCAGCCAGCUUGACUUCCUUCUAACAUCAUUUUAAGCCUCUUUUGAGACAAAACGACACAUCAGAGCUGUAACACAAGCCCCCCGGCAUUUAUCCGUCUUUGCCUUUUAACACGGAACCGAGCGAAGGGAGAUAUUGCCCGUGUGCGUUUUGACACAUCCCGCAGUCAGAUAAUUAAAUACGAGACGUCUGGUUGCAAAUUUUUGACGAUAGCUGUUACGGCUCUGAUAGCACCUUUUUGGGAAUCGGGAGCGUCAGAGGCGUUUAUAAACAACAGCGGCGUGGAAAAAUGUCGGCUUUUAAACACACUAACCCCGUUCCUGCGGCAUCCAUUCUCUCGCUGGACAUUUAUUGCGGCAAACAGCCAGAAUUGGGUUAUAAAGAUACGUUUCAAAGCAGCUGUUUAAAUACAAAUGGACACAAAGGGACGAUAAUGUGGGGGAGGGGUCGGUACCAAAGACUAAGUAAUUCACGGGGAUGAUUUGAGGCCUGCAAAACAUCCCACAAGCAACGUCAUGUCACCCGUCUGGCUCUACCUGUGCCGUCAAGCUGUCAAGCUUGAAAGGAACUCGAGGGUGUCGGUGGAGCUGUCUGCAAUGUUCAGAUGGGAAAAGGCGCCUCCUGAUAAAACAAGAGAAGAGGUUUAUCACGACUCGAGCAGAAGAGGAGACGCCCUCGUUUCCUGCUUAUGCAAAUGUAUCAACUUGGGGGAGGGGCGGGGGGGGGGGGGGGCAACGCUACCACCGAGACCAGGCAGAUUCAAAAUUAGCUACGGAAAUAUUUGGCUUCUGUGUGAAAUUUCAUGAUGAACCUAAGAUGCAUUUGAAAUAGAGGUUAACUUCAUUCAACUUCUCUAAACUUUUGAACUGCUUAGAGUGCAGCAAAAAGUACUGAAACGUUGGACAUUAAGUUCAUACCGGACCAAUUUUAUGAGUGACUUUAACAUUUGAAUAAUUUUAUGGUGCAAAGAUCGAUGAAUAAUUAUUCGUAGCAAAUAAAUAAUCAUUUUCCGACCAAUUAAGUGAAACUGGACCAUUUCUUGGAGUCCCCUUUUUGACAAAGCUCAUACUGUUAAACAGCUGCUUUCUAACCUCUCCAAGCAAAAAUGAAAAUAUCAUCUUGGUGUUGCGCCGUGACUCGUGUGCUCGGUUGCACAUGUAAGUCGAGCUAAAAAACCAACUUCCGUCGCGUCCGCAUGCAUCCUCCUUGCAAAUGCAGCGUUGCUUUGAUCCCAUCGCAUCCAUCCAGACCGUUGCCAUGGCGAAUGGCGCUUCAUCCCCCCCCCCCCCCCCUCGGUGCCGCGCGCAUGUUAACAACUCCGGCAGGUGUACGUCCAUGAAUGGCGGGCCUUGUCUCCCCCGACUCGCCCCCGCCCUGGCGGCCAUCUUUCUUUUCAAAGCAGCAGCUCUUGCCACAUCCCCCUGGAGACCAAUCUUCUCCUUAGAUCCAUUCCCGUCACUUUUAGUAAGAGAAACCACUGAGGAUAAUAAUGUUUUCAAUUUUCUUAACUGCUGCUGAGCAGCCUUUAUGUGCAGGUUUGCAUGCUUUUCUUAAUCCAUAAACUGCACAAUGACCUCAGGUUCCAUGGGACGUAUACAGCAUGGGUGGCAUCGUUUGUUCUCACUGCUGGUCAGUGUCCAGCGAACGCCUCCCUCCCUUCCUCCCUCCUUCUCAAGGCCCACCUGCCUCUGCACAACAUCCUGCCCGAGUCACAAUUUGGGCUCCCUGAGGCUGAAAUGAAACGCCCCUAAGAGAGAGAGAAAAACAAAAACUGGACUUAAUACAUGAUGACAUGUGAAAGAGGAAAUGUCCCCAUCCAUCCUUCCAUCCUACCCAUCCAUGUUCUCACUGUACCAAAAAACUACUUGAAUAAUUCAACAGAGAAAGGCCAUUGAACACCAUUUUGUACAUUAUGACUGGUUUUCUUUUCAGGGUGGGGGGUGUUUUUGUUUGUGUUUCCAUCGUUUUCAGGUCAUUGAUAGCUGAUUUGUAUGUUAUGCUAAAACAAAAACUAAAAAACAGCCAUCCACUCACCAGAGUGCUGUUGAUGUCAGGGUGACGAGCAUUUGCUUCCAUGUGGGCUUGUCCUCCAUAAUUCCUCCACGUUCCCACGAACAGGGAAUGUUCAACUGGUGGGCGACAGUUAGUAGAUGAAACUUCCUGACCUCUAUGUAUAUUCAUUUCACAUGGAAUGACUGAUUUUCUUCUUUCGAGUUGUUUUCCUUGAGAUAAGUGACCCUGAGCGUUACACACGUGGACAAAAUUGUCUUCUACAGAAAAAAAAAAUCACAGUGGUCAUAGAAAAGAAAUGACCUGAAAUCUGACAAAAAAAUAAUAAAUAGAAAAUAAAAAUUAAGCAAUGAGACUAAGACAUUGCUUUGGAAUUGUGAUUCCACAGAUUUUAUUUAAAAAAAAAAAAAAGGUAAAUCUAAAAAAAAUAAUAAAAAUAAUUAUAAAUAAAUACAAUACCUUGUUGACAUUUUUAACCAAGUUGUCCUCUAACAUUACAGGUGUGUUGCCCUCAGUCGGUCUAUUAUGGGAAAAACAUGUUAAAGAUAAAAGCUAGAAAACCAUCUCCAAACAGCUUUUGAUUUUUUUUUUUUGGUCCAUGUGUGUGUAGCACCAAUCCGUAUUUACUCUUAAUUUGUAUUAUUGCUUUCUUUUGGUGUGUGUGUAUAGUUUUCAGGAUCAUACCUCUUAGAAAAAUAUUUGGCUUUUUUUGUUGUUGGUAUCUUUCCAAACACCCGGUGUAGCUUCUGGUCGACAAAUAGCACAAAUAAACAAUGGAUUGUUUGUUUUCUGCUUCAGGCUUCUUAUUCUGUAAAUAAACGACCGGUUGUGUUUGUUUUAUAUAUGUAAAAAAAAAAAAAAAUCACAACAUGUCAGGGUCCUUCUCAUGCGUUUGAUUCAAAGUUGCAAAAUGAGCCACACACGCAUUGUAUGUGCUGGUUUAAACAUGUGGGAUGAUGUCAGCAUUGAAAAAUUAUCUUAAAAAAAAAAAGGACUUUAACCUAUGAGGUUCCUAAUCACAUUGUACUGCUUAAUAGUUGACUGCCUAUUGUAAAAAAAAUGCAUUCGAUUGGAUUGACUGAUGAACUAAGCAUAUUUAAAGCGACAACGUGUUGUAAUAUUCUGGACUGAUGUCAAAGUACAGGGUUGAUGGAUGCAACUGUGUGCCAAAACAUCCACGUUCAAGGGUAAAUAGCUAGUGUCACACAUUGUACAGUUUUUUUUAACUGCUUUUAUGUCAUGUACAGGAUUUGUGCAUAUUUGAUAUACUAGGUGGAAUAUUUUCUGCUUUGAAACCAUUUGGUUGUGUAGCUUGCUUUUUUUUUUUUUUUUAAAUUCUUAUUUAAUGUGAUCUUUCGGUUUCUGUAUGUAACACAAUUAAAUGAUGUACGGUGGACCUGUGCUAUUUAAGUGAAUAGCAAAAAAAUUAAUAACCCAACCCUAAAUUCUUGAAUUACGUAAUUUUUUUUUAGGUGAAAAAUUAGCGAGUACACGGGUGUCCAUAUUUGAAUGCUAAUAGACGAAGCCCGACCAUUCCAAAGGAUUGAGAGUUGCGCUAUACGUGUUUGUUUUUUUUCUAGCGGGGGAGACAAAUGACUGUGAGGUUUUUCCACAUUGUGAAUCGUGCGCAAGGUACGAUCCUCAUUGUUUCCCAGGUGUACUAGCUCCUCGUAUUUCCCCUUCGGGGCCUUGCGUGGAGCCAAUUAAAACGUCAAGCAUGUCUUCCCGCUAACUUUUUUUUUUUUUUUGGGGUGGGAUACCUUUAAGACUAGUUAGUGAGGGCUUUGUUUGAGGGACAGUGUGAUUCUUGGGUGUGAAGUUGUUAACCAAAGGCUAUGAAGGGAAAUAUGAAUGUCGCAGUAAUUUGGUUCGGCCGAGGCCGGCCGGGCUUGCUAAUGGACCUUCUUUGAUUCUCAUACCUUGAAAUGAGCAUCAAAGAGUUACGUGCGCUGCAACGGGUGGUUUUAUCUAUCGUCUUGGUUUGGAUGUUGCGGCCUCUUAGAAGGAGUUUAGUGCAGGUGGUGUGCGCUUUUUUGCCUCUCCCCUGUUUGUCCUCAGUGCAAUGUGGCUCUCUUGAUACCUCAUGUGCGUUUCUCCUCUGUUCAUCACCAUCAGUUGCCUGUUGUCGUGACUCCGAGACGCCGCGCCCCUCCCAUCCCUCUCUGGGCCGGCACGGCUCUAAUGUAAUGUGUAAAUAACUCUCGACUCAGCUACGGCCAGUACAUUCUUCUAUGACCUCACAGUUAACUUUCAGGUGUCUUUAUUUUUGUGUGUUUUUUUUCUCCCCCCUUUCAGCAAACCAAAAUCACUACACUCAACAAGUAUUACAGUUGUACAGUACCUGGGAUUCCAACCACAUGUAAUGUAAUGUGCUGGUCUUAGCUGCUCUGCUGUACCUUUCUAUGGCAUUAUUUUUUACAUGUUAGACGAUAUAUUGUGACAAUGUCCUAUGCAAAAAUGAAAAAUAACAAGAUUGUUGAAUCAUGUAUGUUGUCAUAACUCGUAUGCAUGGAAUAGUGAAGUUUACAUUUGGAAAUAAAUUCAUAAAAUAUGCA